CGUGUCGAUAUUUCCAUUCGUCCGUCACCAGCAUUUGGGUGACAGGCAGAGCACGUUAUAUCCGGUUCUGCUCAUACAUAUAUAUCACGUGUUUGGUGUCUCAUGGUUUGUUCUCCUUCCCCUCCGUAGAGACAGAUUCCUCCGAUAUUCCCUCCUCCGCCCCGCCCGCCCUCUCGCCGGGCCGAUCGAUCGAGAUGUCGCUGGUGCGAUCGAUUUUGUGGGGAGGAAUCAUUUCCCAUUCCUUCGGGCACUCAGAAUCACGAUCGGAAUCGGAUUCAGAAUCAGAAUCCGAAUCGCAGAAGAAAUGUUAUGAUCAUCAUCUCGGCGGGGAGGUUAAAAAGGCGGAGAACGAUGAAAAUAAUCGUGACGGUGGAAUCAUCCUGCGGAGGCAGCAGUGCGGCGUCGUUCCGUCAGGCGAAUCUGGGGGUUCCUGGGGAGAUAUGCUACCGGAGCUGUUAGGGGAAAUAAUGCGGCGAGUGGAAGCUAGCGAGGAUCAAUGGCCGCAGAGACAAAACGUCGUCGCAUGUGGCGGCGUCUGCAAGCAGUGGAGGGAAGCUAUUGGGGAAGCCGUCGAAAAGGCUUCCCUUCGUCAGCCAGGGAAAAUUACGUUUACUUCUUCUCUCAAAAAGCCGGGGCCGGAAGACUCUCCUGUCCAAUGUCUUAUUAAAAGAGACAAGAGGAACGAGACGUACUACCUCUAUCUUGCUCUGCCUCAGUCAUUCACAGAGAAAGGAAAGUUUCUCCUCGCCGCAAGAAGAUACAGAAAACGCGUACACUCAGAGUUCAUCAUAUCUCUCGAUGCUGACGAUUUAUCGCAAGGAAGCAAAUCCUACGUCGGGAAAAUAAGGACAAAUUUCCUCGGCACUAAUUUCACGAUCUACGACAGCAAAGCGCCCCACAGGGGCGCAAAGGCGUCGACGAGUCGAGCGAGCAGGCGAGUCGGGAGCAAGCAGAUAAGCCCACAAGUCCCGGCCGGGAACUUCGAAGUUGGCCAAGUUUCUUACAAGUUCAAUCUCUUUAAAUCGAGAGGUCCGCGGAGAAUGGUGUGCUCGAUCUCGACCCCAUCGCCGUCGCCGGACAACAAAGGUCAAGACGACGAUCCCAACGAUCGCGUGAUUCUGCAGAACAAAGCGCCGAGGUGGCACGAACACCUGCAGUGUUGGUGCUUGAACUUUCACGGCAGGGUGACGGUGGCGUCGGUUAAGAACUUCCAGCUCGUCGCAGCUGCCGCUGAUCAAGGCGGGAAGGGCGACGGUGACACCAUGCUGCUUCAGUUCGGGAAGGUCGGAGAUGACACUUUUACGAUGGACUAUCGACACCCUUUGUCGCCGUUCCAGGCGUUUGCCAUUUGCCUGACGAGCUUCGGGACGAAACUCGCGUGCGAAUAGGCCGCGAAAGCUCGGUGGCUGAUUAUCGGAAUCGAAAUCGAAAUCGCAAUCGGAAUCGAAUUGAAAUCGGAGAAGUGAAAUGGAGUUCGAAUAUGAAGGAACUUGUGAAGGGAGGAGUACGAGAGUUUAGUAAAUUUGUGUGAAUCAAAUUAUGGUGUUUUUAUUCUCUAUCUCUAGAUCUCUCUUUUUUUUCUCACUCAUAUAUUCUUACAAGCGAAGUUGUUGUGGUCAUGUUGAAAACGGUUUAUACCGAUUGUCGUUGUUGUUGAUGUCCAUUUGGUUGUCUGAACUUUGAAGCAGCCUCGCCUCGCCUCUUCUCUUCUUCUGUUUGUAAUAUUCG